ACAAAUAAUGAAACAUUGUUAAUAAAGAUCUCUUAAAUGUGGUUUGUAAAGAAUUGUGAGCAACAGUGUGUACAUAUUCUGCGUGUGCAUACACACACACACUCUCUCUUUCUGUUUGUUAAGCUAUUUGUGUCAUCAAAAAGUUGUGACCAAGAUAUGUAGGUAACUAAGAGUUUACAUUGAAAAAUAAACUUGUGAGGGCUCUCUAGCAGACAAAUAUGUAAUAUAUAUAUAUAUAUAUAUGUAAUAUCUGUCAUGAGCUAAUAUCAGCAGGCACACGCUAACACACUAACAGUGAAGAUGAUUAUGCAUAAUAAUGUCUAAUGUAGUUUUGUUUAUUUGGCAUUAUGACAUAGAGGACAAUGAAUCACAACAAAAUAGUGUUAUUGUGUGCAAAAGUAAAUGACUCAAACUCUCAACACCACAGAAUCCAAAGGAACAUGUUGGUGUUUAAGUUCAGCAAGCAAAGAUCAGCACUCUGGAUAGUUCCCCCAAACCUACAAGGUACUGAGAUACUGAGCAACUCUCUUUUUAUCAACUGAGUUGUGUUUAAUCGCUCAAGCCUUCGGAGGUAACUCCAGAAACUACACAAGCAAGCUGCUCCACCCAUACCUGCAUUCAGUAUUUGAUCACAUCUGGUGUUUGGAGAUUAGUCACUCUGCUUGUUGUUUGGCCCUAAUCGUUCAAAACGCUGAGCUCAGUUGUUAAUGCAGAGUAUCGAUCAGUACUGACCUAUGUCUUCACUGUUCUCUCUUCAUCUUCAGUCCUGUCCAUUGAUGUGAUGGCUGUGCUUUGGGGGCUUCCUCUCUCUGUGCUUCUUCUGUCGCUGCACGCUCCGAGUCGAGCAUCUCCUUCCUGCCCUGUGAGCUGUCGCUGCUACAGCCUCACUGUGGAGUGUGGGUCCACCAGCCUGAGGGACGUCCCCAAACACAUUCCUCCAUCCACACAGACCAUCUUCCUCCAGGACAACGUGAUUGAUCAGAUCCGUCGACAGGACCUUAUUCUGCUCCGGCACCUGCACUACUUGUACCUGCAGAACAACACCAUCUCAGCAGUGGAGCCUGGCUCUUUCCAGAACCAGGGUCAGUUGCUGGAGCUGGCUCUGAACGGGAACCGGGUCCACCUGGUGACAGCUGACAUGUUUCAGGGACUCGAACAUCUCCGCAUCCUUUACUUGGCAGGAAACGACAUCACACGCCUACUGGACUACACCUUCCGUGGUUUACAGCGCCUGCAGGAGCUCCAUUUACAGCACAACAGUAUCGAGAUUUUAGCAGACCAAGCUCUAGUUGGUUUGACCUCUCUGGCUCUGCUGGACCUGAGUAGGAACAAUCUUCACACCAUUGGCCCUGCGUCCCUGCGACCUCUGGUCAGCCUACAGGUGCUGCGCAUCACAGACAACCCAUGGCGCUGUGACUGUGCUCUCCACUGGCUGAGGAGCUGGAUUGAUGAGGAGGGCCAGAGGCUGCUCAGCUCUGCAGAACGUCGACUGGUCUGCACCGAGCCACCGCGCCUCUCUCACCUCAGCCUGGUGGAGGUCCCCCUAAACAGCUUGGUGUGUAUCCCUCCACUGGUGCAGCUGGAGCCCAGGAGGCUAGCUGUGCGCCUGGGAGAGAGCCUCAGGGUGUCCUGCCAUGCCUCUGGUUACCCGCGGCCACAGGUGACCUGGAGGAAGGCGUCCCAGGGUAAAGUGGUGCUUUCCCCCAGAGGCCUGGUUCAGGAGCUGGGUGCAGGAGGAGGUGGAAUGAGUGGAGGAGAGGAACCCUCAGAGGAAGGCAGAGUCAGUCUGCAGAAGACUGAAGGCGAGCGCUUUGACCCUGACACUGGCAGUGGCAUGCUGUUUCUGAGUAAUGUGACUGUGGCUCAUGCAGGUUUCUAUGAAUGUGAAGCCUGGAACGCAGGGGGUGUGGCCAGGGUGACUUUUCAGCUCGCCAUCAACUCAUCCACUUCCUCUUCCUCCUCUUCUUCCUCCAUCUGGGCCUCGUGGUCCCAGGUGUCCUCGCCAUACUCACCCUCCUGGCCCAGGCUGAGGAGCCACGGUGCUGCUAUGGGCUCAGAUGUUAGCCGGGAGCCCCUGUACGCACUAGGCAGCAUGGCCUUCAGCGCUCUGGGAGCUGCCACUCAAACUGCUAUAGCUGUAGGCAUCUCCCUGCUGGCUCUGACCGCUCUGCUGCUGGUCGCCAUGAUCUACAGCCGACAUCGCCAAAGAGAGAAGGACACUGAUGGAGCUGAGAAGGAGGAGAGCAUCCUGUACGUGAAUGACUACUCUGAUGGCCCCACCACCUUUGCCCAGCUGGAGGAGUAUCGUGAUGAGCGCGGCCAUGAGAUGUACGUCUUGAACAGGGCCAAGCCUGUGCUGCCUCCAGCUCCACCCACAGCUGUUUCCACCACUAACCUGGGCUGCCCUGUUCCAUCUGACACCUCCAGCCACACCCUCUCCUCUGGGCCUUGCCAGACCAUGAGUCCCACCCUGGCCCCCAACAAAAAGCUGCAACAGCAGCAGGAUGGCGACAUACGGACCAUGAGGAGGAUGGCGGGGGAGGGAGGGGAAGCCAAGCCUGUAAUCACGUCAGAGGCAGAAGGGAUGUUUCUUAAUCAUACAGGCCUGUUCAUGGACUCCCAGAUAGCCUAUGAGAUCCACUGCUGAAGGGGGGAGAUAAUCCACUCCUUACAGAGGCUCUCUGUGUGAAACAUUGGUUUACAGCAAAGCCUGUCACGUUUUAAAGUCAAGCUCACUGCUGGAAUCUACCAGUAACUGGCAUCAGUACCCAUCCGUGUGGAAGGAUUCAAGUCCAAAGUGAUGGGCUCAUACUGGAGGAGGUUCACAUAGCUGGCUCACAGUUGGGCUUGUUAAAACAAUAGCACCAAGGGAAUUCUGAAUGGACAAACUAUGUGAACUUGCCAAAACAACAGCAGUGAGUAGGCUGGUGUGUAACCAUUCAAAUGCCUGACACUUAAAGACACAUUUAACUCAGGUAUGUACUGAGCGGCACACAACUGAACUAUCCUGUACAUGAAUCAAUCAUCAAUGAUGUGCAAAGGUUCACAUAGAACUCUGGAGACUCAAAUUUGGGUGAGUAUAUCAACUGGGGAAGUCAUGGAAUCUUCCAUUUCAUGACCAUGCAGGAGCAGUCGUGUAUUUUAUAACUGUUGUAAAUGUCUGGACAUGUUUUCAUUUAAUCAGACUUUGUAGGUUGUUGAGCAUUUAAAGGCAUUAUAGUGUCCGUGUGACAACAACAGCUGCAUUUUGUAACUAUUUAUCUUAACGUUUGGAAACAUAUUUAUUCAUCAGAGAGGAUCUUAAAUCUGAGUCUUAAUCUCCCAUCAUUAAAGAAGAAUGUUAACACAGUGGUGCUGCUGCAGUGGAAAGUAUUCAGCAAGGUAAACAAGUUAGGAUAUAAUCACUCAACUGAAGCAGAACAAACAGAAAGAAAGAAAUGUCAUUUAAAGAAGAAUACAAGGCGGUUGGUAGGAUGAUUAUAUAGUACGGUGGUUCUGAGGGACAAACACACUGCAAAUAGACACAAACAUGAAGUAGCUGCCGUCUGUUCUUUCAUCAUCAUUCAUUGUGUAACAGAUGGCACGUGAUGCACUUCUGUGCAUCCUGAGAGCUGCUGCUCUUCCUGAGUUUGAUUCCUUUGUGUCCUGUGUUAAAGGUUUUAUCCGAUGUUAGUGUCCAAGAUGUUGUAUGUUGUACAGAUUGAAAAGCCCAUGAGCUAUAUAAAUAAAAUGUAAUUGAAUUUUA